AUGAAGUGCUUUACUCUCCUCGCUGUUCUCUCUGCCGUCCUCAUGGUUACUGCUGCUCCCUGCAAAGAUAAGGAUCAUCAACAUAAAGGUGAUAACAACAGUAAGAAAGAUAUUACUCAAGUCAUUGGCAACGUUGGUGGUAGCUCCGGUGCCAAAGGUGGCCUUCUCACUGGUCUUCUUGGUGGUGGCAUCUUAUCUUCCACUACAAACAACAACUACGUUAACCAAAAUGCCCACAUUGACUAA